AUGGUAGAAUAUUUCGUUUGGUUGUUUUUUUCAUCAUUACUUGAUCCAGAGAAAAAACUUAAAACGUUUCAACAACAAGAAUUAAAUGCAAAAGCAAAAUCCAAAGAAGCACAUACAUUUGCUCGACAUGAUGCCACGAGUAGUAGUGGAAAAGGGGUAAAUCUAAUAAAAAG